UAUACCAGCCCAUCUAACGUUUUACAGUCGCACUUAAGUGUCUUUUUAUUGAAAUAAUAAAAUAAACAUGUCGCUAACGAAUUAUUAUUCCAUGAUGGGGCUCCAGACUGAGGAGCCGUACGGUGCACAUUUCAUCCCGGGAGGCUUGCAGGGUUCGACGGCCGGCUGCGCAAAGCCAGCCCGGAGAGCGGAUGAGGAGGAGGGGACCCCCAGCUCACACAUUCCGGAUUUUUCACAUUUUUCCAACAAACAGACGAGCUUAAACGGCUUCUCUCCCUGGGCGAACACCUCCGCUUCCUCCUCGCCCUCUUCUCCGCAGCUGCAGUCCACCCCCGGCGCCUCCAUCACCGGCCUCUUCCAUCCACACCCCCUCUUGAGCCACCACCACCCGUACUACGGCCCGCAGACGCAGAGCCACACCGAGCACCUCGCAUCCGCGGCCGCCAACGAGAGCAGGUUCGUCCGCUGCUGGGAGGGGGGGACUCCCACCUCGGAGACCUCUCUGUCACACACCGGCUUCCCCGGGUGUGUCCCCGCUCAGGGUGACCUCUCCGAUCCGAGCCCGAGGUACGAGGCGGUAGAACCCGAGAGUUCACCGCCGUCACAGGACAGCCCCGGGGAUUCCAGCUUCGCCUCCCCGACUGAGGUGGUCCUCGAGCGGCUUGGGACCGUGGAGGAGCUCGGGAGGAAGCCGGAGCUCAAAAAGGAGGACGAGGAAAGAAAAACAAAGCCACCACUCGACCCGGAAAACCCAUCAGCCAGUUGGAUCCAUGCUAAAUCCACCCGGAAGAAACGGUGUCCGUACACCAAACACCAGACCCUGGAGCUGGAGAAGGAGUUCCUCUACAACAUGUACCUGACCAGGGACCGGCGCCUGGAGGUGGCAGGACUCUUAAACUUGACAGAGAGGCAGGUCAAAAUCUGGUUCCAGAACAGACGGAUGAAGAUGAAGAAGCUGAUGAUCCGGGAGAGGAGGGGUGUGAAUGAAUGAUGGAUCUGGAGGAGAGGCUGCAAUCAUCGGAUUGUGGAGCUAACAUGGCUGCUUUGGAUAACUGCAGUGGUGAAACUGUGCAGGGGAGGCCAGGAUGCGUUGUAACACUUUUACAGAAAAAUAUUCCUUUUAACGUCUUAUGGCUUUUUCAUGUCAGGUCCUCUGAACUCUGGUGUACAAUUCUUCCAUCUGCAUGUAGCAAAAUGAAGACAGUCAACCUGUCAGCUGGGGUUCUUGUAAAUAAUGCUCAGAAUAAAAUGUUCAGAUUUACAGGACGAUCCAUAAAUUGAAUUAAGAAAACAUACGAGUAGAUAUCAAAGACUUUGCUCAUUUUAAAACACAUCUGGUUUUGAUGAGGCUGUAUAUCUCACAUGUCCAAAACUGAAACUACUUGACACAUACUUGACUUCACAUAAAUUGUCUGUGCUUUGUGCCAAACUGUGAAUUGCAUUUUAUGAUUUAAUGCUAAAACUCCUCAUAAAAACUGCUUUCAGUGUGCCAGACGUGACUGUACCACUUCUGCUACGGCCUGAAAUACUCGCCAAGUGUUUAUUUGUAAAUUGAAUAAAAUACUUGGGGGGAAGAAACCUGAACAAACAGAAGCUGGACACUUAAUCAUAAUAAUAAUGCCUAAAAUACAGAAGAGAGUGAGACAAAAUCUAAGAGAUUAAAUGGUGACUUUCUGUGGUAACUAAACAGGACUAUGAGGACUUGGUGUGUUUAAUUGAUCCCUUUGCUGGCUUUGAUUUAAAAGGUGAAAUCUGUUGAUAUUCUUGGUUUAAAAGACUGUCAUUUGAAGUGAUUUGCAUGGUCCAGUGUUGGCUGGACUUCCUGUCAGUGUACUGUUAUUCAGUCUCAUUGCUCCUGGCUGACAAUACCAUAACCAGUGGUGCAGUGGUAGUUGAUGGGGUGGGUGAAGGACGAGGUAGAUGAGUAGGUUCCUGAAGAGGAGGUGAGUAUACUCUCCUACAUAGUCCAAUGGCUUUUUGGCCGAUAAGAGGGUAUACUCCAUAUACCCUCCACUACACCACUAAUCAUAACCCUCAGACAAAUGUGAUUCUAUCAAACGUCAACAUUUUACACAAAAUGUAAAAUUGCUGUUUUCAUAUGUGAAAUAGCACAUGGAAUUAACAUGCACCUAUUGUAUGAAUUUACCAUGUGAACUAUCCGAAGAACACGUGUAGGCUGUAUGUGAAAUCCUCACAUGUGAAAUGUUUUUUCUUUAUGAAGUUGACAAAUGAAAUGUGAGUUAAAUGUGAUGUUGCAACACUUUCUCACUCCGACCUCAUCACAUAUUGCUGCUUGGUCAGUGGACUUUGACGUCCACAUAUGACGUCCAAGGUA